GUGUCAAGCAAUGCUGCCGGGCAGGUUUUCGUCAAGCUGGUCGGAGAGGCCUCGCCGGCUGGUGGAGAGGUUCCUGCCAUCGACGCCUACCUCCGCAAAGCCGGGGGCUCCGAGCGCGUCUCGCGGCUGGCGGUGCUUUUUGGUGUUGACGAGGCAGCCUUGGCACGUCACUUCUGCAUCUACGAGGAGAACGGGCGCAAGUACGCGUCUCCCGGGAAAGCGUCUGGCAGUGCUCCGUCCACCGGGAACAAGCGCUCACCGGCUACGGACAAGAUAGAUACAGUUGUCUCGGAGAGCUCCGUCCUCGAUCGGGAGCGUGAGCUCAAGGAGCUGGAGACCCAACUUGCAGGGCUGACGCGGGCCCGGUGGCGGAUUGCAAAGGCUAUGGUCUUCUGCUUAGACAGCGCUGAGAGCGCGCCGAUGCUUUCACGAGCCUUGGCCAAGUCCCUCGAGGAGGCAGACCUGACGAUCGACGCGGGCUUGGCUCGGAUCUUUCUAAUCAGCGACAUCUUGCACAACUCGGCUCUGAGCAGUUCUCGUGGGGCCACGCGCUACCGGAGCAACCUGCAAGAGCUCCUCCCGAGCGCUUGUGAGCAGUUCGGGUUCUGGCUACGAGGGAAGGGGCGGCAGUCCUUGCGGCAGUCCCGGUCUGAAGCGGCUGUCCGGCAGGUCUUGGACUGCUGGCGCGAGUGGUCCAUUUUCCCACCGCUCUUCCCGGCUGGCCUCGAGGCGCUGCUCUUUGCAGAGAUCCGCGAGGACGCAGGCGACCAAAAAGGCAAGAGCAGCCGGGAUCGAGCACAGAGCGAUCACGACUCAGACUCAGACUUGCAGGCGAAGCUUGCGCACUGGCGCGACCCAGGCACGGCGCCAAGGGCGCCCUAUGCAGCACGACUCCGAGGCCUAGCCAACUCCAGCCUCCCGGCGGCGGCCUGUGUGCUGCGGCUUUGCCACUUCGAGCGCUUCUGGCAUAGCGCCGACCCCGCGCGCCGGCAACGCGCAGGUAUUCGAUCGCCCGGCGAAGGGGAGAAGGCCUGCAUACAGAGAGAGUGGGACGGCGAGUCCCUGAGUGAGGGCGAUGAGAGAGAUGUGGAUGGGGAGCCGCUCUUUGAGGAGGAGCAGUGGUCUCCUCCGGCAUCCCCGGCGCCGGCGGCGUCUCACGCUGACGUGGGACUGUGGCCCGGCAUUGCAUCGGUGUAG